GCCAAGAUUGACCCGGCCAAAAGUCAAGCACCUACCCAUACACAAAUUCUCCUCUGCUCGUGCUGUGUUGCUCCUACCCAUUACUCACCAACCAAUCAGUGAAGCGCCACCCUCUAUUUAAGCUUAAAAAGCCAUUGUUUCUCUACAACCUGAUCUGGUGAUAGUGUAUGAACAUGGCGACCCAGAAAGCUAACCAAAGUGUGAGUGACACAGACCCUCUGAACUGGGAAUCUGCGGCAAAUUCACUCAAGGGUAGCUACUUUGACGAAGUGAAACGCAUGGUGGCAGAUUACCGGAAGCCAGUGAUAUGUCUAGGUGGGGGGGAGACACUAACUAUAUCCCAGGUAGCUGCUGUUGCUAACCAUAACUUACAAGUUAAGGUUGGCCUCUCAGAGACAGCAAGGGCAGGAGUUGAGGCCAGCUGCGAGUGGAUUAUGGAAAACGUUAACAAAGGUACUGCCAUUUAUGGAGUCACCACUGGCUUUGGUGCUGCCUCCAACAGACAAACCAACCAAGGCUUGGCUCUUCAGAAAGAGAUGGUUAGGUUUUUGAACUGCGCUAUAUUUGGCUUUGGAGCUGAGUUAUCUCAUACACUGCCCCAGUCAGCAACCAGAGCAGCUAUGCUUGUGAGGGUUAAUACCCUUCUUCAAGGGUAUUCCGGUAUUAGAUUUGAAAUCUUAGAAGCUAUCACCAAACUCCUCAACCAUAAUGUCACCCCUGUCUUGCCAUUACGUGGUACAGUCACGGCUUCUGGUGAUCUUAUUCCUCUGUCCUACAUUGUUGCAUUGCUAAUUGGUAGGCGAAACUCCAAAGCUGUUGGACCCUCUGGAGAGUCCCUCAAUGCUAAGGAAGCUUUCAAUUUAGCAGGUCUGAAUUCUGGGUUCUUUGAGCUGAAUCCCAAGGAAGGCGUUGCCCUUGUAAAUGGCACAGCCGUUGGAUCUGGCGUAGCUGCUGUGGUACUUUUUGAGACAAACAUAUUAGCUUUAUUGUCAGUAGUUCUAUCAGCAGUUUUUGCUGAAGUCAUGCAGGGGAAGCCAGAAUUUACGCACCAUCUUAUACACAAGCUCAAGUACCAUCCAGGUCAAAUUGAGGCUGCUGCUAUUAUGGAACAUAUUUUAGAUGGAAGCUCGUAUAUCAAAUAUGCUAAACUGCAGCAAGCAGAUCCAUCGCAGAAGCCUAGGAAAGAUCGCUAUGCUCUUCAAACUUCUCCUCAAUGGCUUGGUCCACAGAUUGAAGUCAUCCGUUAUUCGACCAAAUCGAUUGAAAGGGAGAUAAAUUCAGUGAAUGACAAUCCUUUGAUUGAUGUCACUGGGAAUAAGGUUUUGAAUGGGGGUAAUUUCCAAGGCACCCCAAUUGGAGUUGCCAUGGAUAAUGUACGUUUAGCUGUUGCUUCAAUUGGCAAACUCAUCUUUGCCCAAUUUACCGAGCUAGUGAAUGACUUGUAUAAUAAUGGUUUGCCAUCAAAUCUCUCAGCUGGUAGAAACCCAAGUCUGGAUUAUGGUUUUAAGGCAUCUGAAGUUGCCAUGGCUGCUUAUUGUUCAGAACUCCAAUAUUUAGCAAAUCCGGUAACGAGCCACGUGCAGAGUGCUGAACAGCACAACCAAGAUGUGAACUCUUUGGGCUUAAUUUCUGCAUGGAAAACCGUCGAAGCCGUUGAGAUAUUGAAGCUCAUGUCUUCCACAUACUUGGUUGCACUCUGCCAAGCUAUUGACUUGAGGCAUUUGGAAGAAAUUUUUAAGAACACGGUCAGGAAUACCAUAAGCACGGUUGCAAAGAAGACAUUAUCCAUAGAAGACAAAGAAGAAAUCAACCCAUUUCGAUUUUGUGAGAAAGAUUUACUCAAAGUGGUUGAGAGAGAAUAUGUAUUCUCCUACAUUGAUGAUCCAUCCAACGUCAUGUACCCACUGAUGCCGAAACUAAAGCAGGUACUUUAUGAGCAAGCACACAUUAGUGCCAUUAAUGACAAGAAUGUGAGCUUGACAAUCUUUGACAAGAUUGGAGCUUUUGAGGAUGAACUGAAGAAUCUCUUCCCGAAGGAAGUUGAAAGUGCAAGGUUGGCUUAUGAGAAGGGCAAUCCAGCAAUUCCAAACAGAAUUAAGGAAUGUAGGUCAUACCCGCUGUACAAGUUUGUAAGGGAAGAAUUAGGGACAGGGUUGCUGACCGGAGAUAAGACUAUCUCACCAGAUGAGGACUUUGAAAAAGUAUUUACAGCCGUGAGACAAGCAAGGAUUGUUGACCCACUUCUGGAAUGUCUUGAAGAUUGGAAUGGAGUUCCCAUCCCAAUAUAAUGUGUGAUGUUAAACAAUAACUAGCUGGCAUAUUUUUCUCAUGUGUUAUCAGCUUUAGGCUUUUAUGAAUAACUUGUUGAGAGAAACAUGUGUAGCUUUUCUCUUGGUGUAAUCCUUAUCUAUACAAAUUAUGCAGACUACUAAUCAUCAAAA